CUGAUUGGCAUGGUCGAAAGAGAAACCGAAAUCUGCGUUAUUGUUGCUCUGGAGGAAUUCACGACGGAACUACUGAAAGAAACAGUGAAAAAGUGGAUAGUGCCUGGCUCCAUACUCAUUUCGGACCAGGUAACCUAUGCUGACGGCCUGGCUGAGCUCGAUUUCACCAUUUUCGUCACUGAAUCGUAUGUGGCCAGGAUGGGGAUUGUUAACGGGCAGAGGUUGAACGUGAACAAUGCAUUGCUGCAGAGCAUCUGCGAUGAAGCAAGAACCAAAUUCAGUGCUAUGAAUGGGUUUACUCCACCUGCUCGCCAUCGUGCUGCCGAUAUGACAUUAAGUAGAACGCAGCGCUUGGCACGUGCUACCAUUUGCACAGCUUCAUCGGCUCCUCACAGACAGUGA